UUAAGAGGAAAUGAUGCCUCAUGGCUGUGCGUCUUAUGAAACAGCCUUUGGGCGCUACGAAGAAGGAUAAAGAUGCCGAGUAAGCCGCCAUCUGUAGAUACCCAGUGCUUAUCGUCCGUGCUCAACACCACCAAGCUUGUCACAAUGGCAGAAGAAGCGGACCAGCCCAUCGUUCCAAAGACCGAACCUGUUCAAACGUUUGAAGAUCAUGAAAAUACCGAUACCGUACUCGCACUUUCAGUCUUUCCUGAUGGACGACAUAUGGUGACGGGCUCGGCAGACAGGAUGCUUCGUCUGUGGGACUUGGAGCAUCGCACUGUGCUGAAGAAGAUAGAGGGACAUCACGGCCGGGUGCGAGCAGUGGCAGUGGCAGCAUCACAAGACAGACAAUUGAUAGCUAGCGCUGACAAUGGAGAGGUCGUUUUCUGGGACAGAGACAGUGGCGAAUCUCUCACUCCUGCCAUCAAAGCCCACUCCACAUACAUCCGCUCGCUGGACUUCUCACCAGACGGCAUGAUGUUGGCGACUGGUUCGAUGGACCAUACGGUGAAGUUAUGGAACACGGAAACGUGGCAACAACAAGGAAAUCCAAUCAAUUGUAAAGCAGAAGUCUACACCGUUCGGUAUUCGCCAUCAGGCGAACUACUUGCCAUUGCAACAAACUCUGAUAUCCAAAUUUGGAAUCCACUGGGGACAAGAAAUCGCAUAGCACACUUCAAGGACCAUAUGCACAAACUCUACGUAGGGAUCACAUUGCCACUCGCCUGGAUACCCGAUGGCACACGGCUUCUUUCAGGCGGUUGUAGAUUGGAUCCAACCAUAAGGCAAUGGGAUGUAAUUACGGGGCAACAGGUCGGUGAUCCAUGGAGGGGUCACAACCACGACAUCAACGCCAUUGCCGUGAACUCGGAUGGUACUCUGGUCGCCUCCGCGUCUACAGAUCACCAUGUUCGCCUCUGGCAGCUCUGGGAUCGAAAAACUAUUGCCAUAUUCCGACACUCUAGCUUAGUACGCUGCAUCGCAUUCUCCGUAGAUGGCAAGCGUAUCAUUAGCGGAAGUGAUGACAAGAAGAUCUCGGAGUGGACAGUACCCGAGCACGCUGGGGGUGAUGUCAAAAUGCUCACUAUAAACACGAUGGCACGCAAUGCAUGCAUAGCUGGGGACUUGUAUAAAGCCGAAGAGCUACUAACACGAGAGAUCGACGCCAUUGCCAAUAAAUACAACUCCUAUGCUAAUCGCUCAUUUGUUAUGGCACGAAAGCGUAGAUGGGACCGUGCGCUUCAGGAUGCUUCCAAGUCCGUCGACAUUCAACCCUCGUUCACGGGCUAUAUCUCCAAGGGCAUUGCCCUCUGCGGGAGAAAGCAGGUCCGGGACGCGAUCAAAGCAUUUGACCUCGCAUCCAUGUUUACGGGCGGAGAUAUCAAGGCCAAUCAUUUCCUUCUCUUGGUCAAGGCUGCGGCACUUUUCAAUGCAGAUCAACACGAGGAGGCGAUGAUACGCGUCCAAGAGCUGGCUGAAGCUUGCCCGAGUGCUGAUACUCGUGCGUGUUGGGUUGUGAAGGCAUAUUUACACGUUGAACUUGGAAACCACGCCUCGGAUGAUGCGCGUCACAAAGAAGCUGCUAACCACUUCACUGCCGCUGUCAAUAUUAGCAGUUCCUUCUCUAAAUUAGCCAUUCAUUCCAAAUAUGAGGACUUUGUCGUGCUCUUCGGAUGGGACCUCAAAUCCUUGUGGGAAACUGCCAACAAGAAACGGUGUUUUGCACUCCUUAAGGCAAGUAGAGUUGAAGAAGCCCUCGAAGCACAUCGAUACAUGAUGGACAAGGGUGAUGAAAGUACAAAGGCCAAUUGCCUUGAUUGGUCCACUGGCUUCAAACAGGAAUGCAGUGCACUCUAUCUCGCUGAUGGAGACGCCGCGCUCAGUGCUAGUGAUUACGAAAAAGCUAUUACCCUCUACUCGUCAGCGAUCGACCUGGCCGCUGCAAACGACACCUUUAGAAAACGCUGUGAGGCAAACGUGAACAUGAAGUUAUGGGAGAAUGCGCUUCUCGAUGCGCAAAAAGUCGUUGAACUCGACCCUUCGUCUCACAUUGGAUACGAGCUGAAACAUACAGCGCUUCACGGCCUACAACGCUAUGAUGCAUCUAUCGAGGCCUUCCAAACCAUGCUUCUUCAGAUAGAAAACGCCCCAGAGACGCAAAUACGACAAAUGCGCCAACAGUAUCGUAGUCCAGCCGAAGCAGAACGUGAUAUCCGAGAGGUCAUUCACAAUCAACUCACCGACACCCCACUCCGUCUACUUGACACCGCCACCGGGCUCUUGUGUGAUCGAGAGGCGCAGAUCAGCGUCUUCAAAACGAGUACAGAGUACAAGGAGCUUGUUUCAUCAACAAUAAAGGAUAUGGACCUCCGAAUGGAGCGUAUCGCAGAAGUGGUGACGAAAUACUUUCGUUGUGUCAUGCUCUCACACCGGUGGGAGGAAAAGGAAGCACUGCUACAUGACAUACAGGAUAAAGUCAUAUACGAGUUGGAGGCAGUUGGAGGCAUUAUGAAAUUGCAGUCAUUCUGCAAAAUUGCUCGCGAGGCGCAUUAUCGCUGGGCAUGGAUGGACACGUGUUGCAUCGACAAGAACAACAAUACCGAGGUCCAGGAAUCGCUCAACUCCAUGUUUAUCUGGUAUCGCCACUCAGCGCUUACGAUUGUCUACCUGUCGGAUGUUCCACCUUCGUCCAAGGCUGGUGCAUUGGUAAAGAGUGCUUGGAACUCGCGAGGGUGGACCGUUCAAGAAUUCCUGGCUCCCAAAGUCAUUCUCUUUUAUCAAAGUAACUGGACUUUAUAUCUCAACGACCACUCUCCCAACCACAAGGAAUCCGCUGCGAUCAUGCAGGAGUUGGAGGAUGCGACGGGGAUAGAUGCACACACCGUCAUUACUUUUCAUCCAGGAAUGACAGGUGCCCGAGAGAAACUGCGAUGGGCGUCAGCACGUGUCACCACUGUGCAAGAAGAUGUUGCAUAUUCAUUGUUCGGCAUCUUCGACAUCCACCUACCCGUGAUCUAUGGAGAGAGGAAGCAAAAUGCACUCGGACGGCUUUUGCAAGAGAUCGUAGCUCAGUCAGGUGACAUCACUGCCUUGGACUGGUCUGGAGAAUCAUCGGAGUUCAACAGUUGUCUGCCAGCUAGCAUCACAUCGUACGAAGGUGCAGCGUGCAAGCUGUCAUCACCGUCCGAAGAUGAAAUUCAGACAUCGAUCUCCAUGCUGCGAAACGACGUGACGGCAGAGUCGGCUUCGGAACUUUAUACCCGGCUUAGCAAUCUCAGCGCUCCUCGUUUCGCGCAUCGUCGGCUAGACCUUCCUUGCAUAGUAUUCUCUGUUACAGAAAUCAGACGGAGCCAGGCUGGAGACAGGCAGUCAUAUGAAGUCAAGGCAGAUGGGUUGUAUGAUCUCUCGAUCAGAACGGGGGAGAAACUCAUUCUCUUUUCGCCGGCACGACCCAUUCAAAAGGCCGUAUUUCUUGUCCGCCCGUGGAAUCAUCAUCUCCUAGAUGAUACGCAGAGAGUUAAAGAUGGGUCCGUUCCCCAGUCCGCCUUACAAACCGAAAAUUCGGGGCCAGUUGAUCUGGACCCUUACUCGCGAGAUUUGCGAUUGAUUGUUCGCCUUGGGCAGGAAUUCAGUGCAUUUUUGCUAAUGCAGCAGCGUGGCAGAGAAUAUAAGAGAAUCGCAUCGGAUCGAGACAUCAUUGCACAAGUCAAAGACAUGACUUCUAUUCAUAACAUGACGGACGUUAGGUCACUAGAGAUAUUGUAGCGAGUCACCAGGCUUGUCGCAUGGGUCUACUUGUUCUAUAACUGUACCACACAGUACUGGUAUUACACCAGACAUGAUGAUUAUGUCUGUGAACU